AUGGCAGGGAGGGUUAUGGCCUCAAUAGCGCUCAGUAAAUCUCACUCGUUCAAGAAUCUUUUCUCAAAUUCUCUUCUGUUUAUUCCUCGCUUUUACCAGUUUGCACUUCGCAGUACCAGUAGCUUGAACUCUGUAAUAAGCAAGGCUUAUGGUCUGAAGUCUAGUUUUGUCUACCGCUAUGACAUAAAAACAUCUCCUUUCUUGGGACACCUAUGUAUUCAUUCGGGUCCAUGUCUGAACUCUGGUGAUAAAGUUGUAGAGCAACUUCAGGAUUCUGAAGACUCCUCUACUGUUACUGGUGCUUGUAAUGGCAAAAUAAAGAGGAAGAAACUAAAGGGGAAAAGGGCAGUUGUAAGGUGGCUGAAGUUCUUUAGAUGGAAGAAGAAGAAAGAUUACGGAAGAAUGACAGCAGAAGAAAAAAUACUAUACAAAUUGAAAAAGGCUCGGAGAAAAGAAGAGAGGCUUCUUGAAGCUCUGAAGAAGAUUGAGCCUGCAGAAUCAUCAGAAACAACCCAUGAUCCUGAGAUAUUGACGCCGGAAGAGCACUUUUUCUUCCUAAAGAUGGGCCUUAAAUGUAAAAAUUAUGUGCCUGUUGGAAGACGGGGAAUAUACCAAGGUGUAAUUCUGAACAUGCAUCUGCACUGGAAGAAACACCAGACUUUGAAAGUGGUAGUGAAGACGUUUUCACCAGAGGAGGUCAAGGAGAUCGCUGCAGAGCUGGCAAGACUUACGGGAGGGAUUGUGCUUGACAUUCAUGAAGAUGACACAAUAAUAAUGUACAGAGGAAAGAACUAUUCUCAGCCCCCAACUGAGAUAAUGUCUCCUCGGGUUACUCUGUCAAGGAAGAAGGCAUUGGAUAAAUCCAAGUGUCGGGAUGGCCUUCGAGCUGUGAGGAGAUAUAUUCCGAGACUUGAGCAGGAGCUUGAGAUGCUUCAAGCGCAGCUCAAGAGCAACGCCGAUAGCAAAAUAGAUGCUGCUGAGGAAAACCAGAAAAUUGAUUACAAUGGGAGUAUUGAAUCCGGUAGCGUUACAGAAUUCCAGUCAGGGAAUGCAGAUAAACUUUAUGAAAUAAUAAACAAGAACAAUGAGUGCCCCGAGGGUGAAGCUGAUAUGGACACAGAAUUGGAUCCAGAUCCCGAAGAUUUAUCAGACAUCUUCGAGAUUGACUCAGAGACAGAGGACGAAAUAAAAGAGGAACAACCUCUAUAUUUGGACAAAUUUGAGAAAUUUCCAGAUCAGAAUGGCGGGGAAAUCGAUGACUUCGAGGAGCAUUUACGACAAAUAUCUCUGAAGUCCAAAAACUCCAACUCUACGGAAGAUGUGGACUUGCCCAAGUUUGAUGAAGUUGACAGGAUUGUGCUGCGUGCAGCGUCCCUCUUAAAGAAAAAGAGAACAUGAGACUUUUUGCGGAUAAUAGGUGCAAUCUUCGUUACAGAAAAGGGGGAUCAACUAGGGAAAAUGGAGAUUGCUCAAUUUUUAUUGAAAACAAUGGUAGUCUUCUUAUUAGAAUGGAAAAAACGAAAGGUUUCCGUUUUUGGAUUGACAUCGAUCAUAUGGAGUAUGGAGUAAAAGAGAGAUAGGCAUAAGUCAUAACGCAGCAAAUGGUUGCGAAACCGCUGGGAAUUGAUAUGAUCUCACGCGUUGGUUCGCAGUUGAUUGCUAAUGUGAUAUCUGAAAGAAAAGAAGGCUUCUCAUUUCUUGGGCGGAGUGAAAUUGGUUCGCGAAGCACCCCAGAGAUUCUAGAAAACAAGCUGUUGUCAUUUGAUAUGAUAUCACCCGCAAUUUAUUGCCGCACAACGCCGUACACAAUUGAAGAAAACAUGACUGCUGAGAUAGAAAGACGAUGCAACAGAGAGGGGAUGCGCAGUAGGCAAGGGGGAUAGCGCUCUGCGGCGGGAGAAUGAAAAUUAGCGGGCAGGAGCAGAUGAGAAGGUUGGGGUGGGGCUAAUUUUGUAAUUGACAUAAUAAUUACUCAGGAGGAAUCAGGGCUCUCAAUUUUGGGAGAAGUAUCUCAAAGGACGAAAAUGCCCCCCAAAUUCGCUUCUCGCAUUUGCUUCUCGGCUCCUCCUCCAUCUUCUUUUUCUUGACACUACUUCCAGCUGCCGUCUCUCCGCCUCUACGCAAACCCCGUCCCAUCGCAUUCAUUAUCGCUCGUCAAACUUUGCUUUUUGAUCACUGCUUGAUGGUCGUGGGUUACCUUCUUUGGCAACAACUUCUCCUCCGACGCACUUCCUCCCCUGCGUGGUGUCAUCUCUUGAAGGACAUGACCGAGGCAACGGCUCCUUCAAGUUUAACUCCCUCCGAACUCUCUCUGUCCAGUUCUUUGGCGGACUAACCUCUCGUGCAGGUUUCUUCGCCGGACAAACCAUUUUUUCAUGAUUAUAUUUGCAUAUGGGUUUAGGUCUGAAUGAAAUUAAAAUGGAUUGAUUCGAAUAUGUGGUUGGUAAAAUUUCUUGGUUUCGAAUCUGAUAAAAUUUAUAGAUUUUGCAAAUUUUGGUUUUGAAUACGCGGAGGUGAACUACAGUGAGCAGCAGCAGCAGCAUAUAGCCCCCCGCGGGGGAGGAAUGAUGCAUUGCGUGUAAGGGUAUUUUGGAUAUUCCAUUUUUCUUUUUCCACUUUAUCACCGUGUUUUUUUAUCGUGAAUUAUAGGGAAUUCGUCCGCAUGCGAAUUGGGACUUGUGCCCUUUGUACUUACAUCUCACCUUUUUGUUAUAUUUUAUAAUUUAUAAUUGAUCGGAUAUUUAAAUUGUAAUUUUCUGUGAAUUUAAUUGUUAAGAGACAAAUGUAAUGGAUUUAAA